AUGCAUGGAAGAGCCGCGAACCACCCGGCUGAUGUGACAACUGCCCCGCCCUUCAAGCCCCGCUCAUCCCCAUCCCUCUCCCCGUACCCCCAUCCUUCCCCCUCUCCCCUCACUUCUCCCCCCCGACUUCCCUAUCCUCCCCGGUCUUCCCCAAUCCCCCCCGGUCUUCCCCCAUCCCCCCCGGUCUUCUCCCAUCCCCCCCGGUUUUCCCCCAUUCCCCCCCGGUCUUCCCUCAUCCGCCAGAUGUCGCUUUUGCAGUUCAGCAUAGAUCGCGCGGCGGAGAUUUUGGAAACGGGCGACGCGGACGCGUCGGACGCGGUCUUUAAGCUGUCUGGCGCCGCAACGUUGGCGGACAACUGCCAGGGCGCGUUCGAAAACGUGCGGCGGACGGAGAGCGCAGCAGGGGGGGAUGGCGGAGGGAGCGGGCGGUACGACAUGACGGCGCAAGUGCGGGUGAGUGGGGAUUUUGAGCGCGCAGGGGUGCCACGCGCGCAUGAGCUGCCACGCGCGCAUGAGCUGCCAUGUCUGGAACGAACAGUAGUGAGAAACGGCGGCAGGGCUGUGGGGUCCAUAUCCAUGUCUCACCUUCCAAAUCCCUUCUUCCCCACCCACUGUAAUCCCAUCAUGAAACGGCGGCGGGCAAUCGUGACUCCAUCGUGGCUCUCCAGCAGCGGACCCUCGACCUGCAGCAACGGGCCAUAUCCAUGUCUCACCUUCCACUCCCUUCUUCCCCACUGCCCUGCCCUGUUGCUGUCCCCUGUUGGUGUCCCUUCUUCCCCACUGCCCUGCCCUGUUGGUGUCCCUUCUUCCCCACUGCCCUGCCCUGUUGGUGUCCCUUCUUCCCCACUGCCCUGCCCUGUUGGUGUCCCUUCUUCCCCACUGCCCUGCCCUGUUGGUGUCCCUUCUUCCCCACCCACUGCCCUGCCCUGUUGGUGUCCCUUCUUCCCCACCCACUGCCCUGCCCUGUUGGUGUCCCUUCUUCCCCACCCACUGCCCUGCCCUGUUGGUGUCCCUUCUUCCCCACCCACUGCCCUGCCCUGUUGGUGUCCCUUCUUCCCCACCCACUGCCCUGCCCUGUUGGUGUCCCUUCUUCCCCACCCACUGCCCUGCCCUGUUGGUAAAACGGCGGCGGAGCUGCGGGAUUCAAUCGUGGCUCUCCAGCAGCAGACGCUCGACCUGCAUCAGCGCCUGUUCCUCACUGCCCUUGUCCCCUGCCCCUGCUCUGCUGUGUUUGCCAUCCACUACCCUUACUCGGACCUUGAUCCUUCUGUCGGCCCUGUUGGAUCUUCUCCUGACGUGCCUGACGUCGUAAACGGCUCAGCUGCUGAUGUGGAAGGCCCCACUGCUGACGUGAAUCCCCCCUCAAUUCCCCCGGAUUGCCCCAAGCCCAUUGUGCGUCCUCCCCCUCUUCUUGCGCCGUUCUCCAUCCCCCGGCUUAUGCCCAACCUGGUAGUGGCACAGGACGGGUCUGGGGACUUCACUACUAUCCAGGACGCGCUCCUCGCAGCUCCCAAGAAGCCCAAGGGCCGAUUCGUGAUUCUCGUGAUGCCAGGUGUUUACAGCGAGCGCUUCGAAGUUGGGAAACCCAACAUCACGCUCGUGGGGCUGACUCCCGCUCUCACAGUAAUCACAGGAAACGCGAGUGUCGGCACCAACUACACUACAUUCAACAGUGCCACUGCUGCUAUUGUGGGUGACUAUUUCGCAGCGGUGAACAUUCGAUUUGAGAACACAGCAGGCAAAAUCAACAACCAGGCGGUGGCUCUGAGGGUGUCGGCGGACCAAUGUGCGUUCCACAACUGCGAGUUCUGGGGCUUUCAGGCGGUGGCUCUGAGGGUGUCGGCGGACCAAUGUGCGUUCCACAACUGCGAGUUCUGGGGCUUUCAGGAUACACUCUACACCCACAGCGGCCGUCAGUACUACCGCAACUGCUUCAUAACCGGCAACGUGGACUUCAUUUUCGGAAAUGCAGCUGCUAUUUUCGACAACUGCACGAUUCAAAUCCGCCAGCACACCAGCGGCGCCCCUGUUGCAGCCUCCAGCCGCCAAACCUCCACCGACCCCACUGGCCUCGUCAUCAUGAAUUCCCGGCCGCGAGCUAGGUAUGGGGGUUUUGGACACGUGCAGUGCAGUGCCUCUCAUAGGAAGGACUCUCAAUCCCCAGGCAUGUGCUUUGCGCAAGCACAGGCAUGCAGUGCACUGCUGCAGUAG